AUGUAUGAACCACAUCUUAAUCAUAAAUCAAAUAGUAAUGAAGAUCAUGAAUUAGUAAAUGACGUUAUACCAGAAGAUGAAGCAUCAACAACAAUCAUAUCACAAAAUAAUUCUCGACCUACAAUACAUUGGGGUCUUGUUGUCGAAGGUGACCUAAAUGGUAAAGAACACAUUAAUACAGAUACAGAUCAUUUCGAUGCACUAUUUGCACGCUCAAAUGCAUCACCAUUACCUCCAUCUCAUCCUCGUUGUUAUAGUUCAUGUUCUCCUUCAACAGUUCCACCAUUAUCAUCAAAUAAUACAUCAGCACAUCCCUAUGCAAAAUCUCAACCAUUAUUAUCGUCAUCACCUUCAUCAAAACAUAAGCAAUCACAUGAUGCAAUAAUUGACAUAAAUCAUCGACAAUCAGCAUCCUCAGUGUCAACACCUAAAAGUCAACAAUCAAAUCCAACAUUAGCACGUACUAAACGUAAAAAUUUUUCAUUAACACAUGCAGCACAAACAUUUCUUCAUACAUCAACUAGUCAAAAUGAACAAUUAGAACCUCUAGCACGAUCUUGUUCUUAUAAACGUCCUCAAUCGAUAAAAAAAUAUCGACAAAAAAAGAAAGAAAAGGAAAAAGAUCAGCAACAAUAUUUUUCUACACGCAAAUAUAGCACAACAGCAACAUCACAGAACAAUCAUAGUUUUCAUCGAGUCACAUCCGAUUCUUUUCGCAAGUCAAUUACAGCUACAACAGCACGAGUUUCUGCUGCAGAUCUUAUGGCAACUGAUGAUUCACAAGAGCAAUGGUCAAAUUCAAACAACCAACGAGCAGCAAGAAUUGGUUCAUUAACACUUGAUCAAUUAAAAUUACCACUUGAUGGUGAUGAAGAAGUUUAUCGUGUACGACAAUUUAAUACAACGCCGAAAGGAUUUGUCAAUCGAGGAGAUUCAUUUAAACGUUCAUUUAAACGUAGUGGUUCAAUAAGUCGUCGUAGUUCAUUUCGAGCUAAUCCAAAUAUAACACCAAAUGAUCGUACACCAUCACAAGAACAUGAUACAAAUAAUUCUCCAUCAUCAACUAAAGAAAUACGUACAAGUAAAAAUUCUUUAACAAAUUCAUCUGGAGCUAAUCUCAAUGGGUUACUUGAUAGUCAUGUUAUUGAUAGUAAUCCUACAUCAUCAACAAUUCCUUUACAAGAUCAAGAUGAAAAUUAUGAAGAUGAUGAUAAUCCACUUGUUGAACGUAUACAAACAGAAGAUGGUCGUGUACAAGAUAUACAUGUUUAUCAAGUUUAUUUACUUGGUAUGAGUGGAACUGGGAAAUGUUCACUUAUGAGACAAUUUAAAAGCACUGAAUAUCGAGGAAUAUAUGAUUAUUCAAGUUCGGUUGAAGAUGAUCCUGACAAUACAGUAUCAAUAAUGUUAGAUGGUAUUGAAUCUCGUUUACAUAUAUUAACAAUGGAUAUUGAUCAUAUAAAAUUGAGUGUAACAGGUGAUGCCUAUGUUGUAGUUUAUUCAAUAACAGAUCGUCAAUCAUUUCAAACAGCAUUACAAUUUAUAAAAAAUAUUCGUGAUAAUGAAUUAAUUAAUAAUCAAUCACCUAUAAAACGUCAUGUACCAAUUAUUUUAGUUGGCAAUAAAUCAGAUCUUGUACGAAAACGUUCUGUAACAAAAGAAACUGCACGUCAUGCAGCAUUUAAACAUGAUUGUAAAUUUAUUGAAACAUCAGCUGCGAUAAAUGAUAAAGUUGAUGAUUUAUUAGCUGGUACAUUAAAACAAAUACGUAUAAAUCAACAAAUUCGAAAUGAAGAAAAACGUCGUUUAACACUUAUCAAUGGAAGUAUUGAUACAAAUGAUUCCGAAACACCUAUAUUAACAAAUUCAUCACACAGAAGCAGUUCAUCAAUAACUAAUAGAAAUUCUAAAAAUGUUUUUAUGAAAUUUCUAAAUGUUUUUCGAAGAAAACCAUCGAAACUACCAGCCGAUGUAGAAAAUUUAAAUACGGGUAUUGGAUAA